AUGGCAUUGCCCUACAGACCAAUCAGGCCUGCCCUUGCGAAGGAGGGUACAACUCCCCCGAGGACUCUCGUCGAGCGAGCCGUGGCGAAGCGAUCAGGCAUCAUAAAGUCAGCAUGCUUGGAAUGUCGGAAACGAAAAGCGAAGUGCAAUGGACAAAAACCAAUCUGCGUCAACUGCUCGAAAUACGACCGGACAUGCGUAUACGACUCCGACAUCAGGGAAUCGCGAGUCAAGGGUUUGCAGGAGGAGAACCAAAAGCUCCAAGACGAACUGGCAGCUGCAAAACUUUUAAUGAGACAGAUGGCCGGUGGCUCUGCUCAAUUGAGACGUGCCGUGUCAGAUUUGCUGGAGGAAGACAGACAGCCUUCCGAGAUAACACAUUUACUGAAACAUGACGAGAGCCUGAAUGGCGAGGCGGAUGGCGGCCGACGUUCCAAAGCAUUGAGCAAUGUAAUACUACACGAUGUUGCCAAUGACUACUUAUUCCCAGUGGAGGAAAUCGAGUCUUUCAGUGCGGACAGCUCCAGCUUGAAGCAAGAAUCAUCGCCAGAUACUGACUCGUGCGUUGCCAUGGAGUCAGCAGCAGAGCCUACUUACACAGCAAACCCUUACAUGAUAUCUACGCCUGAUUACACAUCUACAGAGAUGCUAAUCGAUUACAAUAAACCAAGCACUCGACCGGUUACAGAUAGUGCCGAGAGCAUUCCCCUGUACCCGCCACAGCUGCCAUACUCCCACCCAUCAAUUAUCUCGACGAACAGUUCCCCAACGGACGAGUUGCCUACCCUAGUGAAUCAGAACGACAGCGGAAGAACAAUCGCCCAGCAGACAGAACACACGAGUUUGUUUUUUCAGCCGCUGUUUAAUCAUAACGAUUAUUAUCUCUCAACUUCGAUAACCAGACCUGUGCCGCAAGAAACACACGAUAGAGGCUCUGCGACCUGGUAUGUUUGUGACGAAUAUCCGGAGAGCACAAAUGCCAAUUACCCCACAGAACUGAGUGGUAGAGUCCGUGUAGGAGAGGAGGAGCUGCAGGACAGAGAAGUCAGAAUUUACCCUAAUUACGAUAACAACUUUGGAAACCUUGCGCUUUCGGAUAGUAUCAGAGCCAACGGAUAUCCUCGACAUAUACAGGACGCGCAAAUACGCAACAUCUUUGUGCCGAGUUGGGCUGCCACAACACUCAACACUGAGCUGGACCCAGGGGACAUGAGCAAUGCAUUCGGCGAUAUAUAUCAAAAGGCCACAAGCCUGCUCCAGAAAGGUGGGCAUGCCAGCCACGUGAUUGGAGAUCAUCCCAACAUUGCAGCAUUGUACGAUCAGGCUCAGUUUGACAGGUCGUGUUUGUUGUCGCAAUGGGCUGCUCGUAUGGUUCAUAGUGUGAAAUGUCAGGGAUAUGAUUUUACCUGCUUCGCAUCUAUGAAUGUUUUCUGGUACAUGAUGCGAUGGAUGAUCGACCCGUCGCCAGAAACAUACGCCGCGAUGCCGGAAUGGAUCAGACCAACGCAACUGUUCACGCCCCAUAUAAGCAUGGCCGACUACGUUCUCUGGCCUGCGUUCCGCGAUCUCGUGGUGCAGUUCCCGCAGCUUCAGGAGCGCAUGGCGUGGCUUGCUGAUAUGUCUAUGUACAUCCGGUGCGAUUGGCCAUACGCGCUUGAGGAUGCACUGAAACCAGACCUAGUUAAUGGAACAAUUGAUCUUGUUGAUUUGGCCAAGGAGCAUAUCUGGAACCUGGGAUCUUGGUCUGUUGGACCGUCGUUUAGAAACUUCGUCAUGAAUGCGGAUGCAUACCUCCGGAUUAGAAAUGGGUCAUAA